GCCAUAACAACAUUGUUGACCCCAUGAAGUGCGGUCUCUAUGCAGGUCUUGUCGCAUUCCUCAAUGUUUACUAGCUUUGAUCGGAUGCUGUCAUAAUCCCGCGUAAAGGGUGAAAUGACCUCAUAAAGCGAGGAGAAAACCACCUAAAUAUAAAGCGGAUAGAAAUAUCAAAAUCAAUCAACAAAUUUUGGUACUGAACGGCGCCAGAUUUUCACUUACCAAAGCAACAAACUCGAGCUUGGAAUUAACUUGCAGUCCUAUAAUCAACCAUGAAGAACUGUAUUCACUGGAUACUGAAAGUCAAUCGCUCAUCAAGCUUGAAGACAGUAAUAAGAACAUUGUAUAGCUUUCCUGAAAAUGAUGAAAGUUAUAGUAAUAAAUUUGGAAGAGAUCCCACCAAGCUGCAACAUCGAUUCAUAAAAUUUUUGGAAGAUACUUUGAAACUAAACACAAGCCCUACUAGUGAAAAAAAUAACAAAGAGCCAGUAAAGAAUCUAAGGUCUGCAAAUUGGGAGAAUUCAGCAUACAGACCCACAAUUCUCGAGCCUGUUUUUGAACAGAUAAACGAGUUCCGCUACUGGAAUAAUAGAAUAAAAUAUAAGCCAUAUUUUGAUCAUCUUGAUCAAGAUUGCUGUGAUCUUGUGAAUGCACUUAGUGCCAUUGAGAUCUUGCUUCUAUUAAAUAAGCUGGCUGAAAUGUUUCCCUCCAGGCUUCAAAGGUUUAAUUUCUAUGACCAGUCCAUGUCAAUAUUACAGAAUAUUUUUAACUCGUCUACAGAACCCCACAAAAUAAUAAAUCUUCUAUUUCUACUGAGCUGGCAAAGAAAGAGAACGGCAAUUAAUAUGCAGAAUCUUGUGAACAAUCUACAAAAGAUUGAUGAACUUUCACUCACUGCACAAGCUAUUUUAUGUGUGGCCACAUUUAAGGCAGGCGUACGACUCACAAAUGAUAAACUUCAAGCAGUUGAAAACUCCAUUAAUAGAAACUGGGAUAUUUUGAUAAAAGACAAAGGCCUUUUAAUUUGCCUUAUAAAGGCUCUUAGACUUGCAGGACCUUCACGGAACUUUUCCUUUGAGUUCCUAAAUAAGAAAAUUUUGGAUAGCGAAGAAGAAUAUAAUUUAUAUUUUGCCACACCAAUUAUGGCAUUAUACGCAUCUACUUUUACACAUGAGCAAGAAGUCCUCGAUCGUCUAAUUGGAGACUCCGUAUCUGACAUCAAAAAAGACAUUGUUUCCCAAAAGCAAACUGGUGUAAUAAAUGUAAGGAAUAAAGACAUCAGUAGACUUCUUUGGACAGCUGGAAGGCUCAAUUAUAAAUUCACUGAGCAGCAAUUUGACGUAAUAGAAGGUAUAAUAGAUGAUAGAUGGGAUGAGAUGAUAAAAGAACACAGCUUCAUUAGUUUGCUUCUGUCUCUGUGGAUCCUCAACUCCAAAAACAUUCAUAAAAAGAUCAAAUACUGCAUUCGAGAAAAUAUUUUUUUCUGCCUAAAUGUCAUGAGUGAAAAAAAAAGACUUGAAUUACUUUUGCGAUGCGUGAAAAUUGAAGCCCCAGAAAUAAAAUUACCGUCGCAAUUAAUGCUAUCACAAAGGAUAAUACCGAAUAAAAAGAGCAAAAAACUCUCUUCGAUGUAUGAGCUUCUUAUGAGUCUCGUGUCUUACUCUGAAAUGAAUGAAACCAAGAUAGAGUAUCCUAUUUCAGAAUUAAGGAUUUGCGGGAUUAGCACGAAACACAAAACGCUGGGUUGGAUUCACGUGGAUAUGCUGAACAACGACACAUGCUUCAGGGGUAGCAGGAAACCACAUGGGUUAAUGUCUCUAAAGCUCAGACUGAUCAAGAAGCUUGGGUUUCACUCCAUUCUACUCAAUGAAGAGAGAGAUAGCAAUUUGGAAUUGAAAAUUAAUUUUAUACGGGAGAAAAUCGAUAGCUUGGUAAAAGAAUCAACAUUUAAAAUCUAAGUUUGACUUUAUUAUCAAUAAAUCAUGAUGGUCUCAAGACUGGA